AAAAACAACAACCAGAGAUUUGAUGUGCCCAACGUGCCCAAAGAUGGCAUGGAUGUAUUGCAGAAUUGCCAGAAACGUCAGGAGGGGAUGCUACAGCGAAAGACGUCUUGUGCUUUCCCGUGUGGAAGUCCUUGGGUGGCGGAGUGGUUCGUUUUGUCUCCGGAGUAUUUGGUGGCCUUUGCCUCUCGCACCAGUGCAAAAGUCACUCUUUGCAUCAGCAUUGCCGCUGUAUCAACAGUAGAGGCCCAAAAGAAGGCUGAAUUUUGCAUUUCCUAUGCCUUGGAGCUGGGCAAAGCCGCUUGUGACCGGGCGCAAAAGCUACUCUUGCGGGCCACAGAAGAGCGGGAGAUGCAACGGUGGAUUGUGGCCAUCAAUGAGGCGCAAGAACUGCGCCGGCGAGAUCGGAACUUUGUGCCCAUGUCUGUGGCCAGUGAACUUCUUGCGAAGCAGCUGCAGCUCACAGAGGAGAAGGCAGCCGAGUCCACACGGCAUGCAGCCACUGCAAGGCAACCAAAAAGUUGCGUAACGAAGGAGUUGACGAUGUUGACAUCAGAGGCAUACGAAGACUUCUUGCAAACGCUCUUUGCUUCACGCAGUUUGGCUGCUUGCCUCGCUGCAACUCUGGCGCCCAAAGUUGCCACAUCCCUUCAACAAGCGCUUGAUGCACUGCGUGUGCUGAGAGCCUCUGAGAGAGCGUGCUCCGCCUCUCUCAGACGGCUGAGCUUCGUUCUGCGGAACGCAGCUUUGCGAUCACUCCACCUCGGUCUGGUUGCCUUUGCGCGCACGGGAGCUUGCCCUUGCUGCCAGCGGCUUGCAUUUCUUUGCAGAGCUGUUGAGAAGGGCCGAAGUGCUAGAGGAGCUGCAAAACAACAGGCGCUUUCCAGAACAUUGUGGAUGCUGAGAAUGCGCAAUGCGGUGGAGG